AUGUCUGUUGUCUCUGCAACACCUCUACCAGGAUAUGAUCAUCACAAACAAUCUUCAUCACCACCAUUAUUAAAUAAAAAAUUAAAUUCAUAUCCAAAAAUUGAACAUCCAUCAAAACGAAUUGAUAAUAAUAAUAAAACGAACUUAGAUAUUCGUGGACGAUCAAGAGAUGGUCAUGGUGAUGGAAAAUUAAUUCGAAAUGAAUCUUCACGAUCUGAAUCGAUCAAUCGUCAUCGAAGAUCAUCUUCAUUUAAACAUAAUUCAAAUACACGAAAAUAUUCUCAACAUAAUGAUGAUAUGCAAACAAUUUAUGAACAAGAUCAAGUUCGAUUACCUAUAUUUGGUCACAGAACAGAUAGUCAAUUAUCAUCAUCAUCAUCAUCGUAUGAUUAUGAUAAAGAUAAAGAAAAACAAAAUCAUAGAACAUCUCGAAUUCAAAUCGAUGAACUUGAGGUUAAAUUACGAGAAAAAGUUCGUUCACAAUUACAUGAUGUUCGCACUAAAUUUCGUCAUGCUGCUCAAAAUGAUCCAAAUGGCAAAAUAUCUCGUCAAGCAUUACAACAUUUAAUUGCAACUAUUUUUGGUACACAAACGCAAAUAGCACCAAAUCAAAUUGAAAAAUUAUUAGAAAGGCUCGAUCUUAAAUAUUUAAAUAAAAUAAGCUUUGAUGAAUUUCUUCAAUCAUUAUUUAAUGGUGAAGAACAACUACCUGAUUGGAUUAAUCGAGAUAAAUCACCAAGAGAAGAAUCUUCAUCAAGAAAAUCAGCAACACAAAUGUUUUUAAUAUUAAAAGAAAAAAUUCGAAUAAAACAUAAAGAUUUAUUAAAUAUUUGUCCUUCAUUGAAUGGUGGGCCAUCGUCAAGAAUUUUCAAAGCACAAUUUCAUAUUGCUAUUAACGAUAUGGGUUAUAAAAUGAAAGAUACCGAGUUUGAUAAAUUAUGGGAUAAAUUUGAUACAGAUGGAUUUAAAGCAGUUAAUUCAGAUAAAUUUACUAAAAUUUUAACAAAUGAAUCAAUUGGAGAAGAAGAAAUCAAAUUAGCAAAUAAUGACGAAUCAUCGUUUCAUUCACCAUCAAGAACAGCUCAAUCAUCGCACAGUGAAUCAGAUUUAAAAACGCCUCGUCUUAUUCAUUCACGUGGUCAAUUAGAUGAAAAUCAAAUACAAAAAUGGCUUAAUUAUAAAUUUCCUCAAGGACUUUCUGAUCUUGAACGUUCACUUGAACGUUUAGAUACAAAACAAAUGGGAACUUUACCUCGUGAUCGAUUUCUUGAGGAAUUAAAAAGAUUUGGUUUAAAAUUAGAAACGAAUCUUUUAGAAUUUUUUUUAAAACGAUUAAAUGUUGAUUUAUCAUUAACAAAUGAUGGAAUACCAUAUCAUGAUGUUAUUAAUGCUUUUAAACAAAAAUCCGAUCCAACAAGAAAACGAAUUAAUGCUGAUAAUCAAAUACCAGCAGAAGAUACACGUCAAACAUCGUUAGAAAAACAAAUUGAUUAUGCUUUAUCAAUGAAUUAUGAACAAGUUCGAGAUUUAUUUUACAAUUUUGAUGUAUCAAACAGUGGAACAGUAUCAGCCAAUGAAUUAAGAUCAGUCAUUGAAGAUUUUAUUAAUUAUAUAUUAAAACCAGAUGAAUAUCGUCAAUUACUGAAACAAAUUCCAAUGGAUGAAAAUCGAAGAGUUAAAUAUAAAGAAUAUUUAAAGCAAGUUCUUGAUCGAACACUUCAUUUACAAGAACAGGAACAACAAAAAUCAUCAAAAAACUCUCAAUGGGAUUCAACAAAAGAAAAAACUAUUCGCCAAAAAUUAAAUCUUCAAGAAUUAAAACAGAAAAGACAAAAUUAUUUAAAUCAAACUUUGAAUAAUAAUAAUAAUAAUAAUGAUGAUGAACAACAACAACGAACAAGAUCAAUCGAUGAGCUUUGUGAAAUGCUUAAAUCAUUGAUACGAAAUCGUUAUAAAGAUAUUGAAGAUGAAUUUAAAAAACUUGAUCGUGGUUCAUACAGAGAAUUAACACAAGAUCUUUUAUUCGAUUUAUUUAAACGUCUUUUUCUGAAACCUGAAGUAACACGUUCUGAAAUCGAUUUGGUUUGGUCACGUUGUCAUUUAAAAGAAAAUGGACAUUUAGAUUUUUAUCAAUUUUUACGUGAAUUUGGUUACUCCAAACGUUCAGCACAUUAUCCAAAUGCUAAAAAAAAUCCACCUAAACGAGGCGAUGCAGAUUUUUUGUUAACAUCAAGAAAAUUAUAUGGAGAUUCUAUUCUUGUUCAUGGCACUGCACUGAAUGCUAUUCGUUCAAACUGGAAUGAAUUACGAAGAGAAUUUGCUGAAUUAGAUCCAUAUAGAACAGGUUAUGUUCAAUCCGAUGAAUUUGAUGAGAUUCUAACUGAACUUUGUCCAUCAGUUAAUCAAGAUGAUCUUGAUGUUUUUAAAUUUAAAUUUCAAACAAAAAAUGAUUCAAGAAUGAAUUAUGUUCGAUUUUUAAAACAUCAUGCGCCACUUCCUGAAUUAAUUGGUGUUGUUGAAGAAUCCAAUAGAAAUUAUCCAUUACCAACUAUAAAUGAACGAUCACCUCGUGCUACAUCGGAUCGAUCGAUUUUAACUCAAGUUUGUAGUAAACUUAGUCGAAAAUUAUCUGAUUCCUAUAAACAAUUACGACGAACAUUUAAACAACGAGAUCCAACAAAUAGUGGUGCUGUACCUGUCAAAGCAUUUAAAGAAAUUCUUAAUCAAUAUAAAUGUUCAUUAAAUGAUGAAGAAUUCUAUACAUUAACAUCACAAAUUGAUACGAAAAUGGAUGGAACAAUCGAUUAUAAUUAUUUUCUUCAACAAUACGUCAAAAGCAAUUAG